GGAGGCAGAGAGGGCAAGCGGCGGCGCUCCCUCAGUCAGCCGGUGGCGUCUCCUCCCUCUAUCGCGCGCCGCUGCUGCCAACUCGCCUCUGUCGCUGCUGCUGCUGCUCUUGUGACUCCCGCUGUUGCUGCCCCACUGCUGCUCAGCCGCUACUGCUGCUCUCAUCCGAAUCUAUUGCUAACCCAGGGCGCUUGCACUCGCUCCUCAUCUCACUCUGCUGACUUCACUGACCGUCUCCUGCUCUCUUAUCUGCUGCUAAACUACCACAUGUGGAGGCGAGGAACCGCGAGACUUUUUCCCCUCGGCGGAAAGAUGACACUGCUGUCAUAGGUCAGCUUGCCCAAGCGGCUGACAGGCUACAGUACGUCUUCACAACCUCGCCUCCUCAACAUCCUUUUCUUCACUCAACCUCCAGCGCUGUGCCUGUGAGGUUGCUCUACUUUGUGACAGUGCGAAAGACUUAUUUUCAUAUACUUUUCCUUCAGUUUCUUUUCUCUAUCUCCCCGUUGUGAUACCCAAAAAUGCAAAACACAAACAAAACGCUUCUAGAAAGGAGAGGUGUUCCGAGCCCGCUCCGAUCCGCUUCGUAAGGGAGUCGCGUCGAGGCCCCGCGGUUAUCGUCGUGGCGGUCCCUCAAGUACUGCCGACUGCGUGUAAUGAGCAUCUGAUCCAGCUCCACGCGCCAGUGAUAAGUGCGAGCACAUGCAUCCUUUCGCCGUGACCAUCUGCACAGAGGACUGCGCCAAAGGGUGAUGCUGUUCAGAGGGCCUCGGGUGGUGCGCCGCCAACGCCUCCUCCUGCCUCGCCUGCUGACCUCAGCACCUUAACGCCUGCUAGACCUCUGCCUUCAGCAUGCUUCAGGUGCCCGAGAUUCGAGCGCCUGACGAGGAGGCGGAUGAGGACGAUAAAACCUCCUCCUCCGGGCCUCCAAGCCUUUCCUCUCCGGCGAUCUCCGUGCCCGCCGUGUCCCUCCACGUACCUUCGGAUGACUCCUCUCCUGCCGGCGAGGACUCCUGCGUCACCCUGCAAGUGCCUUGCAUGGGGGACAUGCCUCCGGGCCGCCUAGAGCCACCGCGCUCUCUCCACCUCUCGCUCCCGCCCUUCCCUCAGCCCAACAUCCCCAGCCUCCUGCAGGUGCCCGGAUUCCACGGUCCUCGGAGGAGACACUCCUGGAUAUGCGGGUAUGUUGUGCCGCAGGCAGCGCAGGCAUGAACAGACAAAACUUGCAUGUUACGCGAUAGGCAGUGCAGGCGUGAGUAAAUAAACAAUCUUGCAUAAUCGCCAAACAUGCGUGUAGGACAGUAUACAGUACAUGUUAAUAAGCAAAGUGUUUUAUGAUAUGCCAUACAAGUAUAUAGGAUGAUAGGCAACAAGCACGUGGAAAAACAAACAUGUUUGGCGCACGAUUCAUAACACGCACGAAAAAAUAUACAUCAGACGAUACAAAAUAAGCAGAAACACAGAUAUAUAGUGAAUAAUAUACUACACAGACGCAUGAUAUAGACAUUAGACUAAUACACGAUUCCUCAAAAAAUAAAUAAAUAAAGAAAGAAAUAGUAAUAAUAAAUAAAAAUAAAUAAAUUAAUAAAAAAUAUAUAAGUUAAAUAUACAAGGCAACAGUGUUAUAGUGAUACGACAUAUGCUGAAGUAGUUCAAACACAAAUGAUUUUUUUACGUAUUACCUGCCUUAUAUAAUGGCUUCGUUGUUGAUACCCACUCAUCGACGUUAAUAACUGAGUAUUCGCUUAUCUUUGUCAUUAGACUUCUUACGGCUUAUCUUCUGAUAACAGGCCUGAAACACGAAGAAUUGGUAAUUUAGUGAGAUACCUACUUGAAUCAAAGCCUUAAUUUUUUUUCUUUAAUUAGACGUACACAAUAGAUUGGAGUAUUGUAACUUUACAUUGACAAUUGCAACAUAAUGCUUAUUACGUAACAGUGAAUUUUGAAAAAAAAAAGUUAUUUCUAUAUUUUAACUAAACGAGUACAUCUGUUAUGCUAAUUUCAUAGUCAGUGGUUUGCUCACCCACUCAUGCAGCUCUAUUCCUGUGUACGUUUGUUCGUGGCAAAGUUUGUAAAAUUUAUGCCCAUGGGUGUUUUGAACUAUAGAAAAUAUCAAAAUUCAUUAUAGUGAUUGCUGCGAAAGAAAAGAAAACGAAAAAAAAAACAAGAAACAAGAAGGCAAGAACAACUGAGUUCGUUAGUUCAUUAAUUUCAAAGAGAGAUUAGAUAACUUUAUCUAUCUGAAUUUCGUAAAGAACACAUGUUUCCCGUCAUCGUAAAGUAGAAUUCAUAGUUUACUGACAAGUAUUAGUAAUGUCACAGUUCACAUAAAUUUGCUGCUGAAGAAGUAUGCUCAGUAUUCAUUAAACCAAACGUAAA